UGUAGUGUAACAAUUUAUUAUUGUUAUAUUUAAUUAAACUAGAAAAAAAAUUUAAAUGAGUAUAACAGAAACAUUUCAGAACGGGACGGUUUUCGUUACCGGAUGUACGGGGUUUCUGGGAAAAAUACUAACAGAAAAAUUGCUAAGGACAUGUGACGUAAAGAAUAUUGCGAUUCUUGUUAGAAGUAAAAGUAGUUUAACUGCCAGUCAACGAGCAGAAAAUAUCUUUAAACAAUCUAUAUUUGAUAGCCUUAGAACUGAAAAACCCGACUUUAUGACAAAAAUAAAAAUAAUCGAUGGACAUUUAGAAGAACACUUAUUAGAAAUUUCAACAGAAAAUCGUGAUUGGUUGAUAAAAAAUGUGAAUUUUGUUUUUCAUUGUGCUGCUACCGUCAAAUUUAAUGAAACUCUUCAGGUAGCAACAAAGAUAAACAUUCAAGGAACAGAAAAUAUAUUAGCACUAGCAACGGACAUGAAUAACCUUAAGGGUUUUGUGUAUGUAUCAACCGCUUAUUCACACUAUCCGAGAAAUGAAAUUAAAGAAGAAUUCUAUCAUGUUCCAAUAACAGUCAAAGAAUUGAAAAAAUUAAUUAUACUAGAUGAAAACAUUGACAACAUUUUGGGAUAUUGGCCUAAUACAUACACUUUUACUAAAGCACUCGCCGAAAAUAUGAUAUUAACGGACAAAAAACAAUUACCGAUUUCAAUAUUUCGUCCAUCAAUUGUAGGUUGCACGCAAUCUGAACCAGAACCAGGUUGGUUUGAUAGUAUGCAAGGAUUAGCCGCUCUAGUUACUUCAGUCAUCGUUGGAUUUUUAAGAGCAUUACCAAUUUCAAUAAAUAAAAAAGCAGAUUUUGUCCCAGUUGAUUACUCUGCCAAUGCACUAAUUAGUGUAAUGUGGGAUACAGUCAUCAGAUAUAAAAAUAGUAAUGAAAAAAACAAUGAACCAAAAAUCUAUAAUUACGUGUCUAGUUUCGACAGUCCCUUACUUCUGGGCACGUUCCUUGACUAUGUUUAUGAAACUUACUAUGAGGUGCCUCCGUUACAAUCAAUAUGGUAUAUAUGUUGUGUGUUUUCAGCAAAUCGUUGGAUCAUUAGUAUUAUGAGGUUUUUAUUACACCGAAUACCUUCUGCGCUUGUAGAUUUGUCAUUAUUUAUUUGUGGCAAAAAUCCAAAAAUGUUGAAAAUGUAUGCGAAAACAGAAAAAAUGACGGAUACGCUUAGUGUGUUUACUACGAAAGAGUGGAAAUUCGAUAAUAGUAAUACUAGAAAAUUAUGGACGUUACUAAGUCAAGAGGAUCGCAAGACGUUUCGCUUUAAUUUCGAAGGAUUUGAUUGGAGGCUCUAUACACGAAAUAUAGUCUACGGGGUUAGGAAACAUAUUCUACAUGAAGACUUUAAUAACAUAACAAAAGCAUUAUCAAAACAACGAAAGUUAUUUUGGUUGCAUCAUUUGUGCAUUUGUUUCUUUAUUUACAUCGUAUUAAAAGUAUGUUGGAUGUUUGUGGUACUACUGAUGUAGACCUAAGAAUAAUGCGCUUAAAGACUUCCCUCAUCCACUAUUGUUGUGAUCAUAUUACUUAUUCAUAUACAAUUUAUAAAUCAUCACUAUUGUCUAUUUGUUACUAAACUUAUAUCUAACUUUAUAAGUAGUCAUAUAUUAUGUUGUGACUAAAAUCUAUAUUUAA